AUGAACAUUUUAAAUAGCAACGAUAUUAAUAUACUCGAUCUACCAGACGAAAUAUUAUCUAUCAUUUUCAAUAAACUGAACACGAUCGAUAUAUUCUAUUCAUUAGUAGAUGUAAAUCACCGAUUUGAUCGACUAUCACUUGAUUCUCUCGUUAUUCAUCAUCUUGAUUUUGCAAUUGAACGAUCUCAUGUUCAUAAUUCUUCGGUAGAUACUUACAUUCUCGAUAAAGUUUGUUCGAAGAUCUUACCACAAAUUAAUGAUAAAAUAACCAAACUUACUCUUGAUCCAUUUUCAACGGAACGUAUUCUUAGUGCUGUGAAAUAUCCUCAACUACAUUCAUUAUCAUUGGUCAAUUAUCAAUCUCAUAUACUCCUACGACAUUUAAAAGAUGGCGUGAUAUCUUUUCUAAAUGAUCAAAUUACAGAUCUUACCGUUGACAUUUAUCAUGACAAGGGAGAAUUAUCCGAUAAGCUUGAAACAAUUGUAUUUGUAGCAAUAUUAUUCUACUGUAGAUAUUUAACUGAUUUGAAUUUUUCUCAAAAGUUUUCAAGCAACUAUCUAUCAUUUGUAUCAUGUGAUAUUCUACAGGGAUGUUCUUUAUCUUCAAGUUUGACUAACUUGACUAUAAAAGUAAAUAGUUUUAAUGAUUGUCUUCAUCUUCUUAAUGAAUGUCUUCAAUAUUUAUCAACGUUGAUAAUUCGCAUAAAGAAAAUUAGUCGUCCAUCAUCGAAUAUUAAUAAUAAAGAAAAACUUUGCAAAUUGAAAUGUUUCUCAUUAGUAGGAGAACAGUAUUCGUACUGCUAUGAUACACUGGUUGUUCCAUUGCUUCGUCGAAUGUUAAAUCUUGAAGAAUUAUCAUUACAACUCUCAGUGAUAAGAGCUGAAACAUCUUAUAUCGAUGGUAAUCAAUUAUAUGAACAAGUUCUUAAGUAUCUGCCACGACUAAACAAAUUUAUGUUUAAUAUACACACUCAUAUUAUUAACACUCGCAUUGAUAGUGAUCUUCCAUCGAAUGAUGAUAUUCGGAAUAGUUUUAUUAAACAAGGCUUUCAAUUAGUUGGUACAUGUGCCACUAAAAUAUUUAGAAAUAAUGGAGGUGAUUGUCAUGUUUAUUCUCUUCCAUAUCCAUUUAGUGAUUUCUUAUUUCUCAGUAACUGUUUUCAAGGUGGUCAAUUCAAUAAAGUUCGAAUAUUAAUGAUGCUUGAUAGAUAUCCAUUUGAACAUAAAUUAUUCAAAAUUAUUUCUGAAGACUUUCCUUUUCUUCAAAAAUUAAUCAUAUUAAAUUUAAAAGAACAAAAAAAUGAUCAACAUCAUUCGUCUACAUUGAUUACAUUUAAUCAUCUCUUGAAACUCAAUCUUAUCAGUGCACACAAUGCCUAUGCUACACUAUUUCUUUCUGAUAGAAGUACGCGUUUACCUUGUUUAACGAAUCUCAAAAUUAGAUACAGCACAUUAGCAAGUGUGACAAAUAAUUUUACUAAUGAUGAAACACGUCUCAAUUGUGCUAAAAUAAAAUCUCUAUACGUGCGUGAUCUAACUGUUCAUUCACAAAAUUUUAAUUCAUAUUUCCCCUCUCUCUGUGAUUUUUCUUAG